UUUUGUUUUUUUUUUUGAGGACCAAAACAAAUCGCUUUGCAUUGUCCAAUUUUCAUGGCAAGCAGUAGAACAGAAGAGCGUUCAAUACAAACUUCCAUUGUGGAAAAAGCAAGAUAUGCAGUUGGUGGAGACUCUGAAGAGGAAAUAGAAGCUGAGUUACACAAGUUGGAGCAUUGCUGUGUUUCACAUAGACAGUAUUUCAUAUUUGCUUUGCCCAUCUUUGGAAAGGCAAAAUAUUUUGUGUGGAUUUUGGCUUCCUUGGCAAGUAUUGGAGGUAUAUUGUAUGGGAUUGAUCAAUCCUUAAUAAGCAGCGCAGGUUUAUAUAUUCCUGAAGAUUUGCAUUAUGAUUCCAACAUAGAAUCCAUCAUAUCUGGCUUUAUGCCUCUAGGAGGGAUAUUUGGGGCAUUUUUGGUUUAUCCAGCGAAUGAACUCUUUGGAAGAAAAUGGUCUAUCGCGAGUGCCUGUCUAUUGGAUAUAUGUGGAGGUAUUUUGGAAGCUGAUGCUCAUUCUUGGCAAAUGCUUUUAGCUGGAAGAAUGAUUGUUGGUGUUGGAGUUGCUAUUGAAGCAGCAACUGUACCGGGAUAUAUUGCAGAAUGUAGUCCUAAACAUCGCAGAGGUAGUUUAGUUUCACUUUAUCAACUUUGUGUCAUGUUGGGUCUUUUGUUUGGUUAUAUCGAUGCUGCUAUAUUUGUGAACUUGGCAGGAAAUUGGAGAUGGAUGUUGGGUUCCUCAUUAUUAUUUUCCGGUAUAUUUCUUAUAUCCAUUUGUGUACUUCCAGAGAGCCCAAGAUAUCUUAUGAAAGAAGGAAGAAGGGUUGAAGCCUAUUUUGUAUGGAAACGAAUUCGAGGUUUUCAAACUUUUGAAGAGAAGAAGGAAUUCUUUUGGAUGGAACAGCAAGUUUUGAAAGAGAUGCAGGAAUCAAAAGAUCGUUGGAAUGUGUUGGACUUUGUAAGAAAGCCUCGUUGUAGAAGAGCUGCACAAUAUGCUAUUAUUUUGAUGAUCUUGCAACAGUUUUCUGGUAUCAACACUAUUAAUCAUUAUAUGGGCAUCUUGAUGCUCGAAAUAGGAAUGAAUAAGCAGAAUGCUGUCUAUAUGAGUGUGAUUGGAGGAGCCACAGGUCUCCUUUCCACUAUUCCUGCCAUUUACUUGGUUGAUCGUUUAGGAAGAAGAACGCUCUUGCUAAGUUUCAUUGGUGGAGUCUUUUGUGGUCUUCUCAUCAUUGGAUUUUCUUUUUGGACAACCAACAUUCGGACCAAAGUGGGUCUCUAUAUAUGGGGUGUCGUUGUAUAUUAUCUAUUUUGGGGUUCAUGUUUAGGACCUAUUCCUUGGGUAGUGGGAUCGGAAGUCUGGCCAACUUAUCUUAGAAGUCAAGGAUUAUGUAUUGCUGAUAUUUCCAAAUGGAUUGGAGAAUUUGUUACGACUUUUGCAUUUCCUUAUAUGGUGAAUGCGAUGAAAAAGACAGGAAUAUUUUGUGGCUUUUAUGCGGGAAUCAUUCUCAUGGGCACUUUGUAUCUCAUGUUCUUUAUGCCUGAGACAAAAUGUAAAACGUUGGAAGAGCUCGAAGAAGUUUUUCAUCAGCCUAUGAGAGUGUUGCUGAAACAGAAUAAGAAUAAUCUAAAGGAAACGUGGCAAGCUCUGAAAGGAUUCCAUGUAAACAAGAUUUGGCUUUGCUCACCUUAACUCUUAUAUGUCAUAUGCAAUGUCUUCCUAAAAGAAGAUUUAUGAAU